AUGCCGCCACGGCCAACAAUCGAUGAAUCGGAGAUCACUGGUACCUACUUGAAGGGGUCAGGACCGGGCGGCCAGAAGAUUAACAAAACCUCCUCAGCCGUCCAACUCAUCCACCUGCCCACCAACACCGUGGUAAAAUCCCAAGCCACGCGAUCCCGCUCGCAGAACCGCAAGAUCGCGCUGCAGAUCCUCGCCGAGAAGGUCGAGCUGCUGCAGAAGGGCGACGAGAGCCGCGCCGCCAUCGUGGCGGAGACGAAGAGGAAGAGAAAGGCGAGUAUGACGAAGAAGAGUAAGAGGAAGUACAGAGCGUUGGAGGAGAAGAAGAGGAGGGAGAUGGAGGAGGCCGAAAUCGCACGAGAAGGAGAGGAAGAGGGGAGAGGGGAAGAAGCAGAUGAAUUGCCUAGGAGAUGA